AUGGAACAUGAUAUACAAAAUCAUCUAUUUAUCGAGGCUGGUCAAUACAAUGAUAAUUUGUAUGGCACCUCGGUAGCCAGUGUACGUGAAGUUGCCGAAAAGGGUAAACAUUGUAUUCUAGAUGUAUCGGGCAAUGCAAUAAAACGUUUACAAGUAGCACAAUUAUAUCCAAUUGCUGUAUUUAUUAAACCUAAAUCUGUUGAUUCAAUCAUGGAAAUGAAUCGUCGUAUGACCGAAGAACAAGCCAAGAAAACAUAUGAACGUGCUAUCAAAAUGGAACAAGAAUUCGGAGAGUACUUUACUGGCGUAGUACAAGGCGAUACUAUCGAAGAAAUCUACAGUAAAGUGAAAUCAAUGAUUUGGUCACAAUCUGGUCCAACUAUAUGGGUACCCUCUAAAGAAUCACUAUGA